UGAGCAAAUGGAAGGAAUUUAAUCAAAUAUUAAGUUAAAAAUGAAACCAUUUUAUGGAGUCUACCACACAGGUUUCGAUGAGUGGGAACAACAUGAUAGAAUCAUGGCUGAGUAUAUCUGGAUUGAUGGAACUGGCAUCAAUCUUAGGUCUAAGUCCAGAUCUCUUCCUGAUAAGAUCGAAGAACUCUCAGAUCUUCCAGAAUGGAAUUUUGAUGGUUCUUCUACAGAACAAGCUUGCACUGAAGACUCUGAAGUUAUCCUCAAGCCAGUUGCUUACUUCAAUGAUCCAUUCAGAGGAGGAGAAAAUGUACUGGUGCUGUGUGAAACUUAUUCUUGGACUGAUGAGUCUAGAACCAAGCUGAAGCCCUCAAACACCAAUUUUAGACACUUCUCUGAGCCUAUCUUUGAAGAAGCUGAAGAGCAUCACCCUUGGUUCGGAAUAGAACAAGAGUAUUAUUUAAUGGAAUGUUCUAAUGCUUUCACACAAUGGCCUCUUGGGUGGCCGCAAGGAGGGUUCCCUUCUAAGCAGGGACCUUACUACUGCUCUAUUGGAGCUACUACUUGCUAUGGGAGAUCAAUUGUUGAUAUUCACUACAGAGCAUGCUUAGCAGCCGGAGUAAACAUCUCUGGAACCAAUGGAGAAACAAUGCCUGGUCAAUGGGAGUUCCAGAUUGGCCCAUGUGAGGGCAUCUCAAUUGGAGACCAUCUUUGGAUGGCUAGGUAUCUUCUAGGAAGAGUCUCUGAAGAUCUUGGAGUUGCUGUCUCUUUCGAUCCAAAGCCAAUUAAAGGUGAUUGGGCUGGAGCUGGAGGCCAUGUUAAUUUCUCAACCAUUGGCAUGAGACAAGAAGGAGGACUCAAGGAAAUCUACGAAGCUGUAGAGAAAUUAUCAAAGAAGAAGAAAGAGCACCUGGACCUCUACGGGCUUGACAAUGAGAAGAGGCUCACUGGUAAGAACGAAACUUGUGCUCAUGAUGAAUUUACUUGUGGAGUUGGUGACAGGACUGCAUCCAUUAGGAUCCCAACCUCUGUAGAGUCAAGCAAGAUGGGUUACUUAGAAGACCGUAGGCCUGCUUCCAACCUUGACCCAUAUCUUGUUGGAGCCAUCCUUGUAUCAACCUGUGUUAGUGAAGAGAGCAAGCAUGAGAAGCCAAUGUUUGAACACUUUGAAAAGUGGAGAGCUGAGAGGAAAGCUCUGGAAAACUAAGCCUAAUCUUAUCAUUAAUAGUAUCGAAUUAA